AUGGGACCUGAUUCCUUUUUGUGUGUGUGUGUGUGUGUGUGUGUGUGUGUGUGUGUGUUGUCCCUUAAAAGACUACUGGUCUCGGAUGACAUUGAGCACGCUUGCAACCCUCUUGCCCCUCAGCGCCAUCUGCCUGCCAGCGCCAGCGCCAGUAUGCCAGCGCGUGUCGCGAAACGUGGGGGUGUGCUGCACCCCAAAAAGACUCUCUCUGAUGUCAUUGAUCAGUUCAGGGUGUGCCAUGACGUCUCUGGGAAGGAUUGGAAGAGAAAAACAAACAAGAAACCUCAGUGUGCCCUGCCCCCGACCUAUAACUGCCAGGUUGGGCUGGCUCCAAGACCUUCGAGGAUGCGGGCGGGCGCUGAACGCGACAGACACUCGGCUGCCAUUGGAGAUCGACAUGGUGAUCGCGUCCCACAUCCCAAGAAACGGCCAAUAUUUGAAGACCCCAAACCCGGGAGUUCAGGGGUCAGUUCUGAAAACUUGCCCCAACUUUCCUGGCGAGGUGUCGGAGUGCCUCGUGCCCAUAAGAAUAUGAAUCUCAUCACGGCGCAGCAUAUCACAGUCUGGCCCAGGCGCACAGAUGCACUCAGACGCACGCAGACGCACACAGAUGCACACGCCCACACGAGGUGCACGCUGCCAAAACGGCACCACACUCAAGACCUGCAGAUCAUGGCCGACCAAAGGCUGUUUUGGUUGUUAGGCCCAGUGUACAUGGGUCUGACUCGGCACAUUGUCCCAGCCAAACCGAGCGCACCGCGCUUUUAUUCCCCAUCGCUGGACGCACAGCAAGCUAGCAUGGACAAAGAUCGAGCGUGGAGGCCCACGAGCUGA